UCCAUUCCAAAGACAGAAAAAAAAGAAAGGGAAAAAAGGGGGUCUGCUGUGGACUGUGUGGUCCCGCAGGGCGCACCAUUCACCCGUCUUCCGCCGAGACACCCUGCACGGCUCGCCGAGACUUCAGUUUACUGGAGCACGCACCGCAGCGUCUCCCCCUUCUGCUCAUCCUCCGUCCCUCCGUCGGAAGGGCUGGCGCUAAGGGACGAUCCCUCCGUCCGCCCGUCCGUUCGACGGGACCUCGGUUGGUUUCGUCGGUCGCUGGGAGGACAGGUGACGGAACGGUGAUAUGAGGCGGUGGUUAUGUUGUAACUGCCACUAUGACGUCGAGGAAGAUGACCACGCCAAGGAACAGGCCAAAGCUCAGAGCAAUAAGACCGACUCCAAGCAGAAGUCUUCAAAGCCUCCUGGUAGUCAACCUGAGCCAGAGUUCUCCCCUCCUACAAUUGAUGUCCCUGAAUUGUCUUUGGAUGAUUUGAAACUAAAGACUGAUGAUUUUGGAUCAAGUGCUCUGAUUGGUGAAGGUUCUUAUGGACGAGUAUAUCAUGCCACUUUGGACGAUGGGAGACAAGCAGCAGUUAAAAAACUUGAUGCAUCUGAAAAUGAGCCUAAUGAUGAGUUUCUCAAACAGGUCUCACUGGCAUCAAAGCUAAAACAUGAAAAUCUUGUUGAGAUGUUGGGUUACUGUGUCGAUGGGAAUUACCGUAUACUCGCAUAUGAAUUUGCAACCAUGGGUUCGCUUCAUGAUGUUUUACAUGGAAGAAAAGGCGUUCAAGGUGCGCAGCCUGGACCUGUACUUGACUGGAUGCAGAGGGUCAAAAUUGCUAUUGAGGCUGCAAAAGGUAUAGAAUAUCUGCAUGAAAAGGUUCAGCCUUCAAUCAUCCAUCGGGACAUCAGAUCAAGCAAUGUACUGCUGUUUGAGGAUUUCAAGGCAAAAAUUGCAGACUUUAAUCUUUUGAACCAAGCACCAGAUAUGGCAGCUCGUCUCCAUUCAACUCGUGUAUUGGGGACUUUUGGAUAUCAUGCUCCUGAGUAUGCUAUGACUGGCCAGCUGACACAAAAAAGUGAUGUCUACAGCUUUGGUGUGGUUCUUUUGGAACUUUUGACUGGAAGGAAACCAGUAGAUCACACAAUGCCUCGAGGUCAACAAAGUUUAGUCACAUGGGCUACUCCAAGGUUAAGUGAAGACAAGGUGAAGCAAUGUGUAGAUCCCAGGUUGAAGGGAGAAUAUCCUCCAAAGGGAGUCGCUAAGCUUGCUGCAGUGGCAGCUCUAUGUGCACAGUACGAAGCAGAGUUCAGGCCCAACAUGAGCAUCGUUGUUAAGGCGCUUUCGCCUCUCCUUCAACAAAGACCUGCACCAACCACCGAAGAGCCAGCUCCACAACCUGGGAGCUGAAACCAGUCACAUGUGAUGGGACCCCUAGGCAUAAGCCAUCUCCGCAACCAUUCAAUCAGCACAUUCUAUAAAUCAUUGAGAGUAUUUUGGGUAUUUGUUCUGUAGCGUUCUCAGUUGGGUAUAGCAUACAUGAACUUGCCCCUGCUGUUUGUGGCCACCUAGUUCGUGGCUUGAUGUUGGCGCCGCACAAUGGUAUAUGAAGUUGGUUCGAAGUUUUUUUUUACCUUCUCUAUACCAAUACCAAGUGACCAACUGUUUGUAGGUUUUCAUAAUUCGCGGCUUGAAGAAUAGAUGCAGGAUGGUCUGGAUUUUUUUUUGUC